AUGGGCAAGAGCCAAAGCAAGAACGAGAAGAACAAGGUGGCCAUCGAACGUGGAAAGCAGCGCGAGGAGCAAGUGUUGCCGAAUCCGGCUGGACACGCGAACGCCCGCGCCUACCUGUCCCAAAUGCCGCAAGACUUCACGAAUUCGAUGCGUUCGAUCGGCACGAUGAAGGAAGCGCCGAAUCCGGCGAAAGUGAGCGUCGAGAAAGUGAGCAUCUUUGACCAAAAUGCCAGAAAAUUAGAGAAUUUUUGUGUUUUCGUGCAAAAUCAUCAUUUUUCCAUCGCUUUUGAUCGAAUUUAACCACAAAAAUCAGAAAAGAAAAGCCGUAAGCUCUGGAGACGUUAUACAGUAUAACUUAUACACCGAAAUUUUUUUUACCGAAAGAAGUGAAUUUCGGUAAAUUUUCGGUAAAUUUUCGGUAAAAACGUUUUUACCGAAAGAGUUUCGGUAAAUUUACCGGUAAAUCGUUCCUUUCGACAAUUACCGAAAAGAACAAUUUUUGAGAGCAAAGAAAAAAAUGUUAAAACAUGUUUUUUUUUUUUUUUUUUUUAAAUAAUUUUUUUUUUUUUUUUAAUUUUUUUAAUUUUUUUAAAUUUUUUUUAUAAUGCUAUGCAACGAGUUUCGCAUUUAAUGUGUCCGCAAAGUUCCUCAUUCGAAAAUAAACUGUUCGUUAAAAGAAAACAGAAAAAUUGAGGCGCCGAGCGGUGCCGUCGAUACCGAAAAGGCGCGGCACCGGCGUUCUUUUUUUGACAAGGGAAGUGACUGAUGUGACCAAUUUAGAACAUUCUGAACAACAUCCCAAACAUCAGGAACACGCUGAACAGUCCGUUCUCAAAAUUGAAAAUUGUUUCGAAAAAGUACCCAUUUACCGAUAAAAUUUACCGAAACUUUUACCGAAAUAGUUUCGGUAAAUUUACCGGUAAAUUUAUCGGUAAAUUUUCGGUAAAUUUUCGGUAAAUUGUUUCGAAAAUUUACCGAAACUCUUUCGGUAAAAAAAAGUUUUACCGAAAAUCUACCGACAAUUUACCGAAAUUUUUACCGGUAAAUUUACCGAAACCCUUUCGGUAAGGCACACUGGCUGAAAUCAUGAAAAGUCGUUGUGGCGAAGGCCACGGCCGUAAGCUCUGGAGACGUUAUACAGUAUAACUUAUACUUGAACAAAAAACAAUUGUUUUUUUUUCAGUUUCCAACUGCGUACGUCGGUCGAGUGCCGCCUCCGUCAGGCGUCGAACUCUUCUGGCGACACGUGCAAGAGGAUUGUAUCAAGACGUUGUUCAUCAGCGCCUCGACCGCUUCCGAAGUGGCGCACACCUUCCACCUGAAUCAGGGUGGAUCUCUGGAAUUCAAAAACUUCACCAUCGGGACAAUCACGGCGAAAUAUGAUAUAAUGGCCGGUGAAUUUAACAAAGAGCUCGGGGAGUACCGAAUCGACCGUUUCCGGGUUGAAAUUCAGCCAACGGACGGAAACCGUGCUACCGUUUCUCACAUUCCGACCAUAAACGUCUUCGUAACGAUGUUCCGUCCUUCGGAUCCAGGAGUACUGUGGUUGAUCGUGAAGACCCACAUUUCUUCCCUUCAAACCUUCGAUCCAUCUUCUGGAGCUAUCGCGAUCCUCGGCAACAACCACACUGACAACUGGGUUUGGCUUGUCAGUCUGAUCGGCCUAAACCGUCUAUACCUCAAUACGGUGCCAAUUGUGAGCCAACAAUAUACGAAUGUCAACAAUUUAAAAAUCAACCAUUUUUCAGAUGACGGAUAUUCUCAAGUCGGUCAGCAAGGAGCAAAAUGUACUGUUUGAGCGGAAGGAGGAUAUUGUCACCGUAUUUAUGGUAUGGAACAUGUGGAUCGUCGCUGAUUUGAAGAUGUUCGAAAGGGUGUACAAACAUGACGAGAGGAAACAGAUUGCCAAAAUGAUCGACGAUUUUAAGCGAAAUGUCUAA